GCAAAAUGCUGGAGGGGCCCGCUGCAGGAGCGUUGGAGACUGGGGCUAGCGAGUAUGAAUGUCAUGCUUCGUAGGGUGCGUCCAUCGAUUUUGAGAGCAAGAGUACAGCAGCUCCGGGGCAAGAGGAACUCUCACAGGAAACACAUAUUGUUGUGCAGCGGGAAGAGGAGACUUAACACAUGCCGCCUUGCAAAGUGCUGGAGGGGCUCGACGCAGGAGUGUUGGAGACCGGGGCUAGCAAGCAUCAACGUCGCUUCGGGGGCUGCGUCCGUCGACUUUGAGAGCAAGAGUACAGCAGCUCCGGGGGUAGAUGAGCUCUCACAGGAAGCGUAUGCUGUGCAGCGGGAAGAGGAGAAUCAACAUUGGCAGCCUCGCAAAGUGUUGGAGGGGCUCGAUGCAGGAGUGUUGGAGGCCGGGGCUAGCGAGCAUCACUAUUAUGCUUCGGAGGGUGCGUCCGUCGAUUUUGAGAGCAAGAGUACAACAGCUCCGGGGGAAGAGGAGCUUUCACAGGAAGCGCAUGUUGUGCAGCGGGAUGAGGAGCUUCUCCAGAACUCAUCGGGAAAUACCAUCAACAUCGGGGACACCGAAUUCUGCACAGAGGGUCGCCACUAACGAUGCAAGAGGGUGAUGUUAAGGGAGGUGUGAGGUUGUCAAUGUCCCUGCCCAUGAAGCCUUUAAGA